UAUAAUCUACAGUUACAUCUAAAUUUCGAAAACAAAACAAAAUUAAAUGAUUAAAGAAAGCUUUUUUAUACACAAAAAGUCAUUAUCUCACAAAAUAAAUCCAUCUCCUCUCUUUCAUUUUGCACUCUCUCUCCGUCGCUGAAGAUGGGACAAACGCCGUAACGGGAUGUUCUCACCAUAACGCCGUUAAGCCUGAGCCCGUUUCAACACGUGCCAUAGGAAACGGGAAAUCAAAAGGGAUUUAAGUUAAUGGCUCUGGAACAGUUGGGGUUGGGAGUGGGCGCCGUUGACGGGGACGGUAACGGCGUCACUCAAGGCGGUGGGGAGAACAGUGCGCUGUCUAACGAAGGCGGGGAUGACGGCGUUAAGACGGCGAGGCUGCCUCGUUGGACUCGGCAGGAGAUUCUUGUGCUGAUUCAGGGGAAGAGAGUGGCGGAGAACAGAGUCCGGCGAGGGAGAGCGGCGGGUAUGGCGCUCGGGUCGGGUCAAAUGGAGCCCAAGUGGGCGUCUGUAUCAUCUUACUGCAGGCGUCACGGCGUGAAUCGCGGGCCGGUUCAGUGCCGGAAAAGGUGGAGCAAUCUCGCCGGAGAUUACAAGAAGAUUAAGGAAUGGGAGUCUCAGAUUAAGGAGGAGACGGAGUCUUAUUGGGUUAUGAGGAACGAUAUCCGCCGGGAGAGGAAGCUUCCUGGCUUUUUCGACAAGGAAGUCUACGAUAUUGUGGACGGCGGCGUAAUUCCUCCGGCGAUUCCUCCGGCUCUUUCCCUUGGCUUAGCUCCGGCGUCGGCUGGAUUUUUGACUGAUUUGGAUCGGAGAGAACCGGCGAGAAGUCCAGAUAAGUUAGAUUCGUCUCCGGCGCCGUCCAAAUCAGUUCAGGAUGUUAUAGAGAAGGAGAAGCAAGCAGCUUGUGGAGCAGAUCAAGGUAGAGUGAAAGACAAACAUCAAGAAGCAACAAACCCGGAAGCUGGAUCGACAUCACAAGAAGAGAGAAAGCGUAAAAGAACAUGUGCUGGUGAAGAUAAAGAAGAAGAAGAAGAAGAAGGAACAAAGAGCAUGCAGAACCAAUUGAUACAGAUACUAGAAAGAAACGGGCAGUUAUUGGCGGCACAGCUUGAGAUUCAGAAUUCAAACUUGAAACUAGACAGAGAGCAAAGAAAAGAUCACGGUGAUAACUUAGUCGCUGUUCUCAACAAGCUCGCUGAUGCUGUGGCGAAAAUCGCAGAUAAGUUAUAGAUAUUAGUACUAUGUAUAUGUAAAUCUAGCCGUAUAUUGAUUCAACAUCACUUCUCAUUAUUCUUCUUUUUUUUUUUUUUUUUUUUCUCAUUUACCACCAUUGAUGCCACCACAAGUGGCCCUAUACACAUCUUAUAUGAACAUGGAGAUUUAUACGGUUUUCGGACAUCAAUUAUCUUUGUUUUGCCCUUUUGACUGAUUCAGACAUCCUAUGUAAUCAUGGAGAUUUUAUACUGUUUUAGGACAUCAGUUGUCUUUGUUUGUACCUUUUGACUAAUUCAGACAUCUUGAUGGGCAGUAGUAUAGUAUGGG